AUGACGUCGAUAGGGACGGGCUACGAUCUCGCCAACUCCAUCUUCUCGCCCGACGGACGGAACUUCCAAGUCGAAUAUGCCGUUAAGGCGGUCGAGAACGGCGGCACGUCUAUCGGCAUCCGCUGCAAGGACGGCGUCGUCCUGGCCGUCGAGAAGGUCAUCACUUCGAAGCUGCUGAAGCCCGGCGCGAACCAGCGCAUCGCCACUAUCGACAAGCACCUAGGGGUGGUCUACUCCGGCAUGGUACCUGACGGCCGCCACUUCGUCGAUCGCGCCCGCGACGAGGCCCGCAGCUGGCGCGAAUCCUUCAAGACACCCAUCUCGACGUCCGACCUAGCGAGCCGCAUGGGCGGGUACCUGCAGGUGUACACGUUGUACCAGUCGGCACGGCCGUUCGGUAUCACAGCCAUCGUGGGCGGCUUUGACUCGGAGCUGGAAGCGCCGGUGGACGGGCAAGUAGGUGCGGGCCCGUCGGUCGGCGCCGGCGGCAAGGUCGAGGGCAAGAAGCACGGCGGGCCGGCCCUGUACAUGAUCGAGCCGAGCGGGCUGUACUGGGGAUAUUACGGCGCGGCGACGGGCAAAGGCCGGCAGGCGGCCAAGGCCGAGCUCGAGAAGCUGAACCUGGCCGAGGGCGCGCUCAGCCUUGAGCAGGCCGUCAAGGAGGCCGCGCGGAUCAUCUACGUCGCGCAGCAGGACAACAAAGACAAGGAGUUCGAGCUCGAGAUGAGCUGGAUCAGCGGCGCUGACGGCCCCACCAAGGGCCUUCACCAGGAGGUCCCGCGCGCCCUGUUCGAGGAGGCCGAGCGCCUGGCCAAGAAGGCCAUCUCAGAGGACGACGAAGAGGAGGAAGAGAUGCAGCAAUAA